CUUUUUUAAGGGACGAAGUCACGCUGGGCAUCGGGCGGAAGCUGAAAGAAGGGGGGCGAUGGGAAGGAUGGAGAAAGCAAAGUGUUCCCUACCCUUUCUCCUCGCUCUCCUCUUGUUAGCCUCGACUUUGGAGGUCGGCGGAGCUUCUGCGUUCGAGCGGCAGGAGAAGGACCGGGUGCUUCGCCUGCCCGGGCAAUCCUUCAACGUUAGCUUCGCCCAUUACUCCGGCUAUGUGACCGUCGACGAUGAUCCCGGAAGGGCUCUCUUUUACUGGUUCUUUGAGGCCGUCGAGGACCCCGCCUCCAAGCCCCUUGUUCUUUGGCUCAAUGGAGGACCCGGUUGUUCUUCUAUUGCAUAUGGGUUGGCCGAGGAACUGGGGCCUUUUCACAUCAAUGCAGAUGGGAAGAGUCUCUAUCUGAACCCUUAUACUUGGAACCAAGUGGCGAACAUAUUGUUUCUGGAUUCCCCCGUUGGUGUUGGCUUUUCCUAUUCAAACAAUUCUCAAGAUGUGUUGACCAAUGGAGAUAAAAGGACUGCAAAGGAUUCCUUGACAUUCUUGAAGAAGUGGUUCAAGCGUUUUCCCCAAUAUAAGGGACGGGAAUUUUAUAUAACCGGAGAAAGUUAUGCAGGGCAUUAUGUACCACAGUUGGCACAAGCUAUUGUACGGUCACAAAAAUUGACAGGAGAAAAAUCAAUCAACCUAAAGGGUUAUAUGGUGGGAAAUGCUCUGACUGAUGAUUUUCAUGACCAUUAUGGAGUUUUCCAUUUCAUGUGGACAGCUGGCUUGAUUUCAGAUCAGACAUACAAGCUGCUAAAUGUCUUCUGUGACUUCCAGUCAUUUGUACAUACAUCAUCUGAAUGUGAAAGGAUUCUUGACAUUGCUGACAAGGAACUUGGGAAUAUUGAUCCAUACAGUAUCUUCACUCCUUCCUGUCCUGGAAGUGUCACCUUCUCAAAGAAUAAAUUACUGAAAAGAAGGCAUUCAGUUGGAAGCAUAGGUGAAAAGUAUGAUCCGUGCACUGAGCAGCAUUCUACUGUUUAUUUUAAUUUGCCUGAGGUUCAAAAGGCUCUCCACAUCAAUCCAGCCUUUGCACCAUCUAAGUGGGAAACUUGCAGUGAUGUUGUGAAUGAAAACUGGAAGGACUCUGCAAGGUCGGUAUUACAUAUUUAUCAUGAGCUUAUAGGCUAUGGGCUUCGCAUCUGGAUGUUCAGUGGUGACACAGAUGCUGUGAUUCCAGUUACUUCAACACGGUAUAAUAUUGAUUCUCUUAAGCUUCCUACGGUGACUCCAUGGCAUCCUUGGUAUGAUGAUGGCCAGGUUGGCGGAUGGACUCAAGUAUACAAAGGGCUCACAUUUGUGACCGUGAGGGGAGCCGGUCAUGAGGUUCCCCUGCAUCAACCAAAAUUGGCUCUAGUUCUCUUCAAGUCUUUUCUAUCUGGGAGUUCAAUGCCAACUUUUACCGGGCUUGAUGAUUCAUAAGCUCACCAUUUAGCUAGGCCCGUUUGUGCAAAUUAUCCUGCUGAGUUCAGCUAUCCAGAAUGAGGAUUGCCAGGAAAAAAAAAUCAGUACGUCAUUGGAUUUACUAAUUCCAACUGUCUGUGAACUUUCCAUGAUCAAGGAACUACACGAUAGGCAUGGCACAUAUUGUUCCCUUCUGCUGUUUUUGUUGUGCUUGUGUUUCGUGUACCUUGAAUGUUGUUGCUUGAUAAUAAUCAGCCAAAAAUAUUUCUCUUUCUUAAACCAAGAAUGAAGUGUUUUUUUUCCUAUUUUGAAUGGAAGGCCCAAAGUGUGCUGAUUUCUUGUGAUUUA